AUGGCACCAUCCCUGAUGUGGGUCCCUGCUGUGGGGCUGACUCCAGGUGGGACCGACCCCAAGGUGGGACGUCCCAUGGGGUCCCCGACGAGGGACCAUCCCCGAUGUGGGUCCCUGGAGCAGGACCGACCCCAAGGUGGGACCGACCCCAAGCGCUGGCGCCCCGCCGGCGGCUCCGUCCUGGACGAGGUGACGGUGACGGUGUUUCCGGGGCCGGAGCCGGGCGCCUUCGGCCACAGCGUGGCCCAGUUCGACGCGGGUAGGGUGCUGGUCGGGGCCCCCCUGGAGCCGGGACGGGCCAACGAGACCGGACGGGUCUAUCGGUGCCAGCUGGGCUCCGGCAGCUGCCAGAGCAUCCCCAUCGCCAACCCGCCGGAUGCCACCUCCAUGUCCCUGGGCCUCUCCGUGGCGGCCCACGGCUCCCGGCUCCUGGCUUGCGGCCCCACGGCGCAGCGGGCCUGUGGGGAGAACAUGGAGGUGAGGGGCUACUGCUUCUGGCUGGCCACGAGUGAGACCCUGCCUGCCGCCCUGCCAGAGUGCCCCCUGCGCGCCUCCGACAUCGUCUUCCUGGUGGACGGCUCGGGCAGCGUGGCGCCCGACGACUUCGAGCGCAUGAAGACCUUCAUCAUCGAGGUCAUGAGCCGCUUCCAGGGCUCGGACAGCCGGUUCGCCCUCGUGCAGUUCUCCCACAGCUCCGUCAUCCACUUCGACUUCGCCGCCUACGGCCGCUUCUCGCGGCGGCGGUGGGAGAGGGAGGUCCGGGGCGUCCAGCAGCUGGGCGAGAGCACGCGGACGGCCAGCGGCAUCCGCCGCGUCGUGAGGGAGCUGUUCGGUGCCGGGCACGGAGCGCGCCGGGGCACCCGCCGCAUCCUCAUCGUGGUCACGGACGGGCAGAAGUACGGCGACAACCUCAACUACGCCGACGUCAUCCCCGAGGCGGACCGCGCCGGCGUCGUCCGCUACGCCAUCGGGGUGGGCAGCGCCUUCUCCCAGAGGAACGCCGUCGCCGAGCUCCACGCCAUCGCCUCCGCGCCCGCCGAGGAGCACGUCUUCCGGGUGGACAACUUCAACGCCCUGCAGGGCAUCCAGCGGCAGCUGGAGGAGAAGAUCUUCGCCAUCGAGGGCACCCAGUCCUCCCACGGCAGCUCCUUCCAGCUGGAGAUGGCCCAGGAGGGCUUCAGCGCCCUGCUGACCCCCGAGGGAGCCGUACUGGGAGCGGUGGGCGCCUACGACUGGUCCGGAGGGGUGUUCCUCUACGGGGACGCCGCGGAGCCGACCUUCGUCAACGUGUCCCAGGCUGCCACGGAUAUGAGUGACGCCUACUUGGGCUACGCGGUCGAGUCGCUGACCCUCGGGGGCGCCCGGGGCUUCGUCCUGGGGGCCCCCCGCUACCAGCACGUCGGGAAGGUCAUGGUCAUCCUCCGCGGCGCCUCGGGCGUCUGGGAGCUCGUCGCCGACGCGUCGGGGCAGCAGGUGGGCUCCUACUUCGGGGCCGCCCUGUGCGCCCUGGACCUCUCCGGCGACGGCUCCACCGACGCGGUGCUGGUGGGAGCCCCCAUGUACUACGGGGCCGCGAGCGGCGGCCGCGUCUCCGUCUGCGCCGUGGGGCGGCAGGGUGGCCAGCUGCGGUGCCAGCGGACGCUGUGGGGCGAGCCGGGCCACCCUCUGGGGCGCUUCGGGGCCAGCCUGGCCCGGCUGGGCGACGUCAACGGGGACGGGCGGGCCGACGUGGCCGUGGGCGCCCCGCUGGAGGACGACGAGCGGGGAGCCGUCUACGUCUUCCUCGGGGAGCGGGGCGGCCUCAGCCCCCACUACAGCCAGCGCGUGGCCGGCGCCCGGUUCCCCAGCGGGCCGCGGCACUUCGGCCAGGCGGUCAGCGGCGGCGCGGACCUCACCGGGGACCGGCUGCCGGACGUGGCCGUGGGCGCCCGCGGGCAGGUCCUGCUGCUCAGGUCCCGGCCCCUGCUUGGCCUCGGCGUCUCCAUCGCCUUCCAGCCCGGCGCCAUCCCCACCACCGCCUUCGACUGCCAGGAGCAGGACGCGCUCGGCACCCGCGUCAGCGAUGCCCGCGUCUGCUUCAACCUCACCAAGAUGACCAAGGACAACCUAGGCGACGCCAUCACCAGCGUCAUCCACUACCAGCUGGCCCUCGACCCCGGCAGGCUGAAGGUCCGGGCGACCUUCUCCUCCAGGUCCUCCAGCCACAACGAGAGCCUCCGCAUGAAGGUCACCCAGCUCUGCAAGGUCUACUCCAUCGUGCUGCCCGUCUGCCCCGAGGACACGCUCACCCCCAUCACGCUGCGGCUGACCUACACCGUGACCGGGGACCCCAUCGGCAGCGCCGGCGGCUUGGCGCCCGCCCUGUCCUCCGGCUCCCCGCAGCCCGUCCUGGGCCAGCUCUUCUUCGAGAAGGACUGCGGCACGGACAACCGCUGCGUGGACGAGCUCCACGUCUCCCUCAGCUUCUCGGGGCUGCUCACCGUGGUCGUGGGGGUCACCCCCGAGGUGGACGUCACCGUCACCCUCCGCAACACCGGCGAGGACUCGUAUGGCACCACCGUGCGGCUGCGUCACCCGCCCGCCCUCUCCUACCGCAAGGUCGUGGUGCUCCAGUCCAACCGCCGGGUGACGUCCGUGCACUGCGGCGCCGCGGGAGACGCCGGCACCGACACCCUCUGCUCCGUCAAUCACCCCAUCUUCCGCGCCGGGGCCGAGGUCGUCUUCGUGGCCACCCUGGACGUCCCCCCCGACGCCAAGCUCGGGGACACCCUGGAGAUAGCGGCCACUGCCGGAAGUGACAACGGGAACGUCGCGACCCCCGGCGGGAGCCACCGGGCCCAGAUCAGCGUCCGCUACGGCGUCUUCCUCGUCCUCACCAGCCUCGAGGACUCGACCAAGUACCUGAACAUCUCGGCCAAGAGCGUCGGCGCCGCCACGGCCGGGAUCACCCACUGCUACCAGGUGACGAGCCUGCGGCAGCGCCGGGUCCCCGUCGCGGUCACCUUCGCGGUGCCGGCGGCGCUCGGCGAGGCGCCGGCCUGGCAGGACGCCCGCGUCGUCCCCUCCCAGCCGGAGCUGGUGCAGUGCCGCAGCGCCCGGCAGCCCGGCGCCGCCGACGCCGCCCCACGGCUCCGCCAGCGCCCCGUCCUGGACUGCGCCGUGGCCGCCUGCACGGAGAUCCGCUGCGAGAUCUCGGCCCUGGAGCCCGGCCGGCCCCUGGGGCUCAACCUCACCGGGAGCCUGGCCUUCGCCUGGAUGGCCCAGGUCCAGCACCCCAAGGUGACCCUGCAGAGCGUCGCCCAGCUCCAGUACGACGAGGGCCGGUACCACAACACCGGCGGGGCCCCCCGGCACCAGGUGCAGACGGAGGUGGAGCGCCGGGAGCCCCCCAACCCGCUGCCCCUGGUGCUGGGGGGCAGCGCGGCCGGGCUGGCACUGCUGGGGCUGGCGGUGCUGGCGCUGUACAAGUUGGGCUUCUUCAAGCGCCAUUACAAGGAGCUGAUGGAGGGCGACGACGCCGCUGCCGCCGCCACCGGCCCAGCCGAGCCCCAGGGCUGAGGCGUCGCCCGGACGCCUGGGCCCCCUCGCCCGGCUCCAGGGGCUGCUGGGAGCCCGGACGCCUGGGCCCCCCGGGGGUACCGGGACGCCUGGGCCCCCUACAGGCAGCGGGAAGGGGGCACUCGGACGCCUGGGCCCCCCGGGAGUGAGCGGGAAGGGGGCACCCGGACGCCUGGGCCCCCCUGGGAGUGGGUGGGAAGGGGGCGCCCGGACGCCUGGGCCCCCCGGGAGUGGGCGGGAAGCGGGCGCCCGGACGCCUGGGCCCCCCGGGAGUGGGCGGGAAGGGGGCACCCGGACGCCUGGGCCCCCCUGGGAGUGGGUGGGAAGGGGGCGCCCGGACGCCUGGGCCCCCCGGGAGUGGGCGGGAAGGGGGCGCCCGGACGCCUGGGCCCCCUGGGAGUGGGUGGGAAGGGGGCGCCCGGACGCCUGGGCCCUCUGGGAGUGGGCGGGAAGGGGGCGCCCGGACGCCUGGGCCCUCUGGGAGUGGGUGGGAAGGGGGCGCCCGGACGCCUGGGCCCCCUGGGAGUGGGUGGGAAGGGGGCGCCCGGACGCCUGGGCCCCCUGGGAGUGGGUGGGAAGGGGGCGCCCGGACACCUGGGCCCCCUGGGAGUGGGUGGGAAGGGGGCGCCCGGAUGCCUGGGCCCCCCGGGAGUGGGCGGGAAGGGGGCACUCGGACGCCUGGGCCCCCUGGGAGUGGGUGGGAAGGGGGCGCCCGGACGCCUGGGCCCUCUCUGUCCCCCCCCCCAUUAAACUCGGAUUCGCCCAAG